GGAUGUAAUACUACGUGUAAUUGUAUUUAAAUGUGUUGACAUGAACUCGACAUUCCUCUCCAGUUCUGACAUUAAUCGAGCUAUAGCUCCUGGUCCAAAUACUCUCCAUUGCAGGCAGAAGUUGAGUUGCAGCUGCUGGUCCUGAUCAAACCUUCAAGCACAGGGUUAUGAAGACUUUGACAUAACAGUGGUGUAUUGAGAUGCCUUAUCGUUUAAGGGUCACAGUGGAAGAAGUGCGUGAGGAAUUGGCUCUAUUAGGCUUCAGAGAUGUAGCAGAUGAAACAGUCGAAAGUCUCCGUAAAGAUCUCCUCAAGUUGAUCAAGAAUGAUCUUCGCAAAGUCAAACUACACAAAAAUUUAUCUGGAGACUUGAACCAAUCUGCCAGUCAUAAUGAAGCCUGUGCCAUACAAAGUAAAUUUGACAGUCAAAGGAAUACUAAGAAAAUGUACACUCCACAAGGUACUUGCACACCAGAUCUUUCUGAGCCACAAAUGCAAUCUACUCGGGAGUCUUCAGUCAGGCACAGGGAAAUGCAUGGUUUCACAACCCAAAAAGAGAGAUGUUUAAAUAAAGAUGCUGAAGAAAGUGGAUAUUCAGACUUUGAGAGUACAGCAUCAGCUACUUCUGAAACAAACGAAGAGGAGAGUGACUCCAUCUCAGUUUUGUAUUUACUGGGCGAUAAGGCUUCAGCGGCUAGGCUGCCUAAGAAAAGUACCAGAUCAUUUUCUGGUAUAUUACAAAAAAAUACAGCUGAAGAUGGAGGAACAACCUCUAGGGACACUGAUGGUGAUUCACAAAAAGUGCCCACAGUGUCAGUUGUUGCUUCACAACUCACACAGCAGUGCUCUGUUACUGAACUACCCAAAAGGCUAUCAGAUGGGAGUAAAUUGAAGCAGAAUCUUGGGCAACAAAAAUUUAAAGCGACAAGAGACAGGGAUUGCUUGCCAGUGUACCCUACUCGACGUGAUCCAGUCACCCUGUAUCAUUACUACAAGGCACAUUGGGAUAAGUUCAAAGUUCCUGGUGAAGAUCCUAGAUCAAAACUUCGUUGGGCUGUGCGUGAGAAAUUGUUUUAUUCCAAAUAAAAACCUAACAAAAUUGGAAUCAGAUGGGAUAGUUUUCCUAGUUGUUUUUAAUUUGUUUGCAUUUUCAUAACUUGCUCAUUAUAUUUCCCUGGUAUAGUAUUUAAAUCAGUAUGCAAAGAUUUUUAGGGUGAAUAUUUUAGGAAUUAUUAUUUUGAAGAUAUGGAUUUGUGUGAUUUUAGAAAUCUCAUAAUUUUUUUUUUUUUUUUUUUUUUUUAAUUUCUUUUCUUGAAGUUUAAAAUAGUAUUUUUUGAUAAAUUUACAGAAGUCUAGAGGAAUAUGAAUCAGUGCAGUACUUAAAUAAAUAUGGUAAAUUAGCAUACCAAAAAAAACGACAUUUUUUUUAAAGGUGCACGUACAGUACGUAUAGUGAGGUACUGUACCAUAUUUGGAUCAUUUAAAUAAAAAAAUUGAUGGUACAUAUAAGGACUAUACUCAACGAAUAUACAAAACAGAAAUAACAGACCUUGUAUUAUGAAGUGUAUGCAUGCUGUAGUAAUAUAUGGUGGUAUUUUUAGGUAAUACAGUGGACCCCCGCAUAACGAUGGCAUCGCAUAGCGAUUUUUCCGCAUAACGAUUACUUUUAUCGCAAAAUUUUUGCCCCGCAUACCGAUUAAAAACCCGCAUACCGAUUUUCGUCCGAGACGCGUCCAAUGUGCCCUCACAUGUGCCGGCCGUCCCAUUGUUUACCAGCCAGCCUCCGCGGUAACAUCCAAGCAUACACUCGGAAUAUUUCGUAUUAUUACAGUGUUUUCGGUGCUGUUUGUGGAAAAUAAGUGACCAUGGGCCCCAAGAAAGCUUCUAGUGCCAACCCUGUGGUAAAAAGGGUGGGAAUUAGUAAUGGAAAUUAAGAAAGAUUUUGAAGGGUUUGGGGCUAACCCUGAGAAGCCUAUGCCAGUUGUGGAAUCCAUUGUGCCUACUUCAAAGAUUAAGGAAAUGUGUGCAGAGUGGGUUGAACUGCAAACCUUUAUAGAUGAAAAUCACCCUGACACAGCUGUUGCAAGCCGUGCUUGUGACUAUUUCAAUGACAAUGUUAUGGCCCAUUUUAGGAAAGUCUUGAAGGAACGGGAGGUACAGAGCUCUAUGGACAGAUUUGUUGUGCGACAGAGGUCCAGUGACUCUCAAGCUGGUCCUAGUGGCAUUAAAAGAAGAAGGGAAGUAACCCCAGAAAAGGACUUGCUACCUCAAGUCCUAAUGGAAGGGGAUUCCCCUUCUAAACAGUAAGAAGAUAAUGCUCUCCCCUCCUCCCAUCCCAUCAAUCAUCACCAGAUCUUCAAUAAAAGUAAGUGUCAUGUAAUUGUGCAUGCCUUUUUCAGUUUGUGUGUAUUAAAAUUAACAUUUCAUGUGGUAAAAAAAAAUUUUUUUCAUACUUUUGGGCGUCUUGCACGGAUUAAUUUUAUUUCCAUUAUUUCUUAUGGGGAAAAUUGAUUCGCAUAACGAUUAUUUCGCAUAACGAUGAGCCCUCUUGCACGGAUUAAAAUCGUUAACCGGGGGUCCACUGUAUUUUAUUAUCCUUGAAAAUGCAUGUCAAUGUGAAGGAACAUGGGAUAGCACAAUAAAAACACAUUAUACGCUAAACAGAAUUCCAUGAUGGUAAUUGAGGAAGCUGAGGAAUUUAACAGUUUGGAAUGUCUUUACAGAAACACACAGUCUGCCAUAUUGUUGUGGCUAAGGAUUUUUUUUUUUUUUUUUUUUUUACAUUUUAUAAAUAGAACUUUAUAGGUAGGGUCUGUAAUAUAUUUUUGGUGAGGUUAAACUAUAAGGUUCAGAAGUCUGAAUACUCCAUUCUACUGAAUGUACAGCAAUGCAUGCAACCAUAGGACCUGUCUUUGUAAUACUCAUUUGUAUUUUUUAGUUAUCUGUUUACAAUAAUGUCUUAUCACUGAUUUCAUCAUUGCUUAGUUAAU